CUGCAGACGUCGUCAUCAUGUCCUCCUCCAUCCACAGAGCACUCCUCACCGAAUCCAAAGGCGCGCCACUAAUCCUCGGGACGCUCCCCACGCCCAAACCCGGUCCAGGUCAGCUUCUUGUUAAGAUCUUAGCCACGACAAUCAACCCGGUGGAUACGUAUCAGGCGCGGGGCCUCCUCGUCGCUUCAUGGCCUAAUGUAUGUGGAUUCGACGGGGCUGGGAUUGUGGAGGAGGUGGGUGAGGGCGUUACGGGCUUUGCGAAAGGGGACAGAGUCAUGUAUGGUCCUGAUGCAGCUCCUGCGAAUGGGAAGACAUGGCAGGAGUACGCACUCGCACUCGCAUCCGUGACUGCUAAGAUCCCCUCUAACAUUUCCUUCGAGAAAGCGGCGACCAUCCCGCUUUGUCUCUCCACUGCCGUCGUAGGCCUCUAUGGACAGCUGAGGGAAAACCACGGUGGUGCGGGACUCGUUCGUCCCUGGGAACAGGGCGGCAGGAACAAAUAUCAUAACGAGGCUAUCGUCGUUAUAGGCGGCUCGACCUGCGUUGGUCAGUUUGCUAUCCAGAUGGCUAAGAUGUCCGGCUUCAGCCCCAUCAUUGCCACCGCUUCCUCGCGCAAUGAAGAAUACUGCAAGGCAGCAGGCGCGACCCAUGUCAUCGAUUAUACCAACACACCGUACGGACCCGCACUCGUCAAAGCCGUCUCCUCCAUCACGACCGCACCGAUCAAGGUGAUCUACGACACCAUCGUAAGCAAAGAGUCUCAACUGGCCUGUUGGUCCAUCCUCGCACCUGCCGGUCAGCUCCUCUUGGCACAUCCGGCUCCGCCCAAGGAGAUAAUAGGUGGAGACGGGUUCGUGGAUCAAGAUGGGAGGAGGGUGAUUGGUGUGGCUGGAAGUGUGCAUAAUGACAAGGCGGGGGGCGAUACAAGACUUGGGAAGAGUUUGUUUGGUGCGUUGGAGGGGAUGGUGAGAGACGGGGAUGUGAAGCCUAGUAAGGUCGAGUUGCUUCCAAAAGGUUUACUGGGCAUCCCGGAAGGAGUAGAAAGGCUGAUGGCGGGUAAGGUCAGUGGGAGGAAACUGGUCGCGAGGAUUGCGGACACGCCUUAAUGAGUUGCUACUGGCUGAUGUAUACCCUCGUCUCACACCGGUAAAUGCUCCAUGUUCGUGGACCAAGUUGAGCUGU